AGCCUAGUCAAAGUACAGUAGUUCACAAAAGUAAAUAAAUUAAAGGCUCCUUAUCUACAUCCAUUAUCAGACCAUCUCAAAGAGAGAAGAAGCAGAGCAGAGCCCAAAAACAAUGGCGACAUUUUCUCUCACUUCAACACUCCCUUCUUCUUCACCCACUCCCCUCCACUCCAUCUCCAAACUCAAACCCUUAUCCUCUAACAUCAAUUUCACCCACGCUUUCAACCCGAACCCGAAACCCACUCGCCAGCACCAGCAGCCCAAUUACGGCCCAUGUGUUAAGGCCCUAUCUCUGGACUUCUCCGGUUCAUUCUUCGAGGGUGGUUUCGGUGGUUUGGACGAAGACCCGCCGUCAACGCCGCCGUCUGGGUUAGCGGUUGAAGAUAAGCCGGAGCCCCAAUGUCCGCCGGGGCUCCGAAAGUAUGAAACCAUGGCAGUUCUUAGACCUGAUAUGACUGAAGAUGAGCGUCUUACUCUUACCCAGAAAUAUGAAGAGUUGCUUGUUGCCGGGGGAGCCAUGUAUGUAGAAGUAUUCAACAGAGGGGUGAUUCCACUAGCCUACAGCAUCAAAAAGAAGAACAAAGCAGGAGAAACCAACACUUACUUGGAUGGCAUCUACCUCCUCUUCACCUAUUUCACUAAGCCUGAAUCCAUUUCUGCUCUCGAGGCAACACUCCAAACUGAUGACGAUGUCAUAAGGUCAACAAGCUUCAAGAUUCGUAAGAGGAAAUACUGAAAAGUCUAUUUUGAACAGUAGUCUCUACUCUCUAGGUUCUUAUCGAUGUCAAUGAGGAGAAUAUUUAGAUUUCAUCUGGAUGUUGUGUACCCUACUGGCCUAUUUCCUCUUACACUACACUGUUGCCAACUUGCCUUAGUUGGUCAUUACUUUAAUUUCUGUAGCAUAUCAUUUUUUGGAAAUUUUAAGGCACGUAAGUUCAAUUUGAACCAAUUUGUAAGUCAUGUUUGAACAACAGUAUUCCUCUUUCCCAUUACUGAUACACCCUUGAAAUGACACAACUUCGCCUCGAAUCGAAAUUUCUUUUU